CCUAUCGGAAAACACCCAUCGCUCAUCAUAUUUUCCUUUGUCAAAAUAAAAAAGUAAAUAAAUAAAAAUUGAAUUCACCUGCAAAACGAAGCAAGCACACACACGAAACGGCUCAAAUGGACGACGAGGAGACCUCAGAAAUCAAUUCUGUACAUGGGGAGGAAGAAGAUGCAGGGAGCAGCACGAUCCAGGAGCCACUACAUCAGACGGUGGAUGAGCCGUUGGCAGCUGAUAGCGAUCCAAUGGAAGACAUGCCAGCACCGUCUGUAGAAAUGGAUAUCUUAGGGCCACUGCAGGUGGCGGAGGAUGUUUUUCCAGAUGACACCUCCAGCGAUGGCAGCCAUCCUAGCAGCGAUAUGUCCCUGGAGAGUCCAGGCAGUGAGGAUGACUCUGACCUGGAUCGCCUGCCCGGCUGGAUGAUUCCGCAGAACCGUUUGCGCUCCGCCGUCGGAAUGAUGGUCUCGCAGGCUCGCAAUCGAGACGGCGGAAUUGCCGCUCUGCUCAACCGGGACAACUUUCUGCAGCGCGUACGCAGCAUGGUCUUUAGCCAGGAGCGUCGACGGAGUCGCAACAGCGAGGAAACCAGCCAGGAGACAACCGAUCAGUCGGAUGAACCCCCACCGCCGCCUCCACCACGUCCGCAGAUCGACAUCGAGCUGGAAGAAGGCGUACGCUUCGAUACGAACCUACCGGCAGAGCAUUCGUAUUUCGGAAACCAUUUGAACCGCGUUCCCGGCGUGGAUUACUUGGAGGUGGGCAGCACCCAUCACAUGCUCAUUUUCCUGCACCAGCACAUCCUAUUUCCCGGCGAGGUGCUGCCCUUCAUGGUCGAUGGACGAAUGUUCGACGAUGAUAUGCCCGGCCUGGAUGGUUUGAUUUUCGGCGUGGGCUUUCCGCUCAUGCAGCCACCGGAGGACAACCCACACAAACUGUACGGGGUCACGUGCCAGAUCUACGAAAUGGGUGAAAGCGGUCGGGGUAUGGUGUUCUACAAAUCCCGAGCACUACAGCGCAUUGUUAUCGACUGCAAUGAUAUUCAAGGGCCACCGCAAUACAUAGCUCGUAAUCCCACUAGCAAGUGCUACAGCAGGGUCAAAAUACUGCCGGAGUACUUCCUGCCCGAACCCCUUCAAUCCGUUGACAUGGGCUCAAUGGCCAGGUUUCGAGACUUGCCCUCCAUGGGAGACAAAUAUCGCAAGUUCCAACUGGCCAGCACUUGUUGGCCGGCGGAGGCCUGCCAGGAGUAUUCCUUUGCUGCCAUUGUGGAACAGGCACGCCAAAGACUAGAGGUCCAGAAGAUAGACACCAUGCCAAAAUGCCCCAUUCAGUUAUCCUUCUGGCUGGUGCGAAACCUCCACCUAACUGAGAAGAUGAUACGGCUCACCUUCCUCACGGACUCCGUAAACACUCGUCUUCAGCUAAUAAGGAGUACCUUCAAUGAGGAGUCGCUCUUUUUCUGCCGAUAUUGCAACAGCAGUUUGGCGCAUUGCGCGGAUCUGUUUGCAAUGUCGAAACACGGAGUCCAGACGCAAUACUGCAAUCCAGAGGGCUACAUCCACGAGACAAACACCGUGUAUCGGGUAAUGACCCAUGCCAUCGGCUACAGCGGUGAGCCAUCCACCAAAUUUAGCUGGUUCCCCGGCUAUCAGUGGCACAUCAUCCUGUGCAAGUUUUGCGCCCAGCACGUCGGCUGGGAAUUCAAGGCAGUGGAGCCCAAUCUGGCGCCUCGGGUGUUCUUUGGCCUGGCAGGAUCCAGUGUGCGAAUUGGAAAGGCCAGCGAGAACACGCCGAUCAACGGCAGCACCUACGUCGUGCGCAACAUGCUGCGUCUGAUCUCCGACGAGAUGGAAUGAGUCUGGCCCUUUGUGAAGCGUUUGCUCAUCUGCCAACUCCGCUGCUGCCGUCGCCGGGAAGAAAAUUCGGUUCCUCUUGGACCUGUAUAAUUCUUUACCUAACCGCAUUGAGCAGAAAACAUGUCGUCUUUUUAGAUUGGAUAUAGACCGAAAGAUUGAUCUACAUAUGAAUGGAUAUAUGUUCUUUAGUUAAAGUAAAUUAUACCUAAUUGAUAUUUAAGAUUAUUUGAAACUAAAACUUCUCUGUAAUAAGUUA